AUGUUCUCACCAAGAGCUACAAUACAAGCCAAAAGGGCUGUGCGAGCUCUUCUCCAGAACAUCCACCUGAUCCAUCCGCAUCACCACCAAAAUCUCCCAGGUCGCCAGUAUGCAACGAGCCUCAGGAACGCCAAAGGGCAACCGUUCCGCGCCCCUUCAGUUCUGAAGAAGAGCCGGACCACAUCAAAUCCAACAACACAUCGUCAACUAUUCCAGGAGUCCGAUAUCCCAGCUCUCAAAUUAAUUCAGGACUUCCUGUCUCAUCCAGAGCAGCGCCUGUAUCGAUGCAUAAGCGCAGAGGAGUGCCGCGAUGUGGCUCUGCGGUUCGCUUCCGUCGCCAGGGGCCCCAAAGAGAGCCCGGCUUGGAAAGGGGCGCUGCUAAGGGACCACAACAUUGACCCGCGAACCCUGUAUUGCGCCGCCAUACCGCUGAUCGCGCCGCAGGGCGGGCUAGGCAACAUCGGCAAUUACAUGCUCAUGACGGCGUCAAGCUUGGGAUACACACCCGCGACGCUCUCACUCAUUCGCUCUCUUCUGGAUGCCAGCGACGAGCUCUUCCCGCGACUCAAAGCCAACCUUGGCGACGCAGUAGUUCGUUUCAUCCAGCUGGUCCGGACCGAGAGAAGCCCCGACGUCCUGACCUUGCGGGGGCUUUGGUUGCUGCGUGAAGGCCACAGCGAUGCUUAUGCGUUGAAGUAUUUUGACCAAGCUCUCGAGGCAGCGCGGAGGAUCCCCGAUGGUGACGCUGAUCGCCAGCAUACCCAGCAGCAACAGCAGCAGCAGAGAACCGCAUCAACCCGCGACCCCAGGUGGACAUUCGAAGGCUCCUGUCACCUGAAGCGCGGGCUCAUCCUGGCCAGGCAAGGGCGGACGGAUGAGGCGAUAGCCUCAUUCAAGGUUGUGGCUCUCGAACUGGACCUUGCCGACGGCUAUGUGGAGUUGGCCAAGCUGCUUCCCCCGGACGCGCCAGAGCGGGAAAGCUAUCUCUUGAGGGCCGCUCAGAGCGGCAAUUCUGAGGCCUGCCGGCUCCUUGCGCUCGAUAUGGCCGAGAAGGCAGCCAAUCCGAGACUUCCCUGGAGUGACCGCAGUGACGCUGCGGGUAUGGCCCAUGAGUGGUCCCAGGUUGUCGUGGACCCGAAAGGGCGGGAGGAGUUGGCCGCCCAAGUGGCGGAGAAGGCGAAAGCUGUUUUUACGGGAGCACAGAGUGGCUUUCUGUGGAAGCUCGCGGGUUGA